UCUCGUAUUAAGCGGCUGUCAUUUGUUUUACGUCUAACUGUUUUAUUUUAAUGGAUAAUAUUUAUUAAUAGUUUAAAGUGUAUAUAAAUUUUCACGCGGCUUCGACUGCAGGGAUGUAUUUGUGAUGUCUGUGAUGCAACGGAAUGAUAAGUUGUACCGUGCAUGUUGUGUUUAAACCAUAGAAGUGGUAUCAUAAUUAUAUAAUUGGCAUUGUCCAGUGUAAGGUACAGCUAACAAACACAGUGCAUAUUUCCUUCCCGUAUGGCUGCAUAUGUUAAUCGUACAAUAUCGAUGAUGGCUGGCGACGGGCCUCACAACGUUGCUAUGAACAAUGGGACUGUCCGCGUCAAUAUGUCGAACGUGGAUUCACCGCUACAGAUAUUUGUAAGAGCAAAGAAGAAGAUUAAUGACAUAUUUGUGGAAAUCGAUGAUUACGUGAAGGAUGCAGUCGCUUUUAUGCAUGCUGUGUCCGGAGAAAACGCCAUCGCGUCAGCUCAAGAUGUGGCGAACGUCGAGGCGUACGUAUGUAAAGUACAAGCUAUACGGGAGGUGCUCAAACGAGAUCACAUGAAAGUUGCUUUUUUCGGAAGAACGAGCAACGGUAAAAGCACAGUGAUCAAUGCUAUGCUUCACGACAAGAUCCUGCCCAGCGGAAUCGGACACACCACAAACUGCUUCCUGCAGGUCGAGGGCUCCGACACGGACGAGGCCUACAUGACCACCGAGGACUCUCAGGAGAAGCUCAAUGUUAAGUCGGUGUCGCAGCUGGGGCACGCGCUGUGCGCGUCGCGCCUGAACGAGCACUCGCUGGUGCACGUGCACUGGCCGCGCGAGCUGUGCGCGCUGCUGCGGGACGACGUCGUGCUGGUGGACAGCCCCGGCGUCGACGUCACGCCCAACCUGGACGACUGGAUCGACAAGUACUGCCUCGACGCGGACGUCUUCGUGCUGGUCGCCAACGCGGAGUCCACGCUCAUGGUCACCGAGAAGAAUUUCUUCCACAAAGUAUCGACGAAGAUAUCGCAACCGAAUAUAUUUAUACUGAACAACCGAUGGGACGCUUCCGCUUCAGAACCAGAGUAUUUAGAACAAGUCCGCAGCCAGCACGCCAACCGCUGCGUGGACUUCUUGUCGCGGGAGCUGCGCGUGUGCUCGCCCAAGGAGGCCGAGGAGCGCAUCUUCUUCAUAUCCGCCAAGGAGGCUCUGCUCACGCGCAUGCGCGAACGAGAGAAACCUGUCUCCUCCCCGACCCUGGCGGACGGGCACCAGGUGCGCUACUUCGAGUUCGUGGACUUCGAGCGCAAGUUCGAGGAGUGCAUCAGCCAGUCGGCCGUGCGCACCAAGUUCGCGCAGCACUCGCGCCGCGGGAAGAACAUCGCCGCCGACGUCAUGGCGGCGCUCGAGCUGGUGUAUAGCACGGCAAGCGAACAGAAGGCCGCGAAGGUGGAAAAGCAGCGUGUCCUACAAGAACAACUAUCGGCAGUGGAGGAGCAGCUCACGGCCAUCACGCGCCAGAUGAAGGACAAGAUUGGACGCAUGGUGGAGAGCGUGGAGCACAAGGUGUCCCUGACUCUAAGUCAAGAGAUCCGACGGCUCUCCGCCCUGGUGGAUGAGUAUGAAGCACCGUUCCGUAAUGACCGUGCUGCACUGGAACAAUACAAACGUGCUCUGCACCGACAUGUAGAAGCCGGACUGGGGUCCAGACUCAAAAAGCGGCUGUCCUCAGACAUCGGGCACGAGAUGGAUGAAGCACAGAAGGAAAUGGCUGAGCGCAUGUACAACAUCCUGCCCAUGCACAAGCGAGCAGCGGCUGCCAGCUACAUCGUCCCCCAUCAGCAACCAUUUGAAGUUCUUUACCGGCUCAACUGCGACAACCUCUGCGCCGACUUCCAAGAGGAUCUUACUUUUCGCUUUUCAUACGGCAUCACGGCGCUCAUACAACGUUUCCAGGGCCGUAAUACUAAUAAAAUCGCGCUCAAGAAUCCUCCUACAGUCACACCGAUUCCACCAUCACUGGGCCCCGCAGCCCCGUCCAUGGAGAUAACGCGCAGCGCGCCGGUGGGUCCCCUCAGUGCAGAGGAGUGGGGCAUGAUUUCCAAGUUUGCUCUGGGAGCCCUCACCUCGCAAGGCACAAUGGGCGGUCUGCUGCUCUCUGGUUUGCUGCUGAAGACGGUAGGGUGGCGCGUGGUGGCGCUGACGGGGCUGCUGUACGGCGCGCUGUACGCGUACGAGCGCUGCACGUGGACCACGCGUGCGCAGGAGCGCGUGUUCAAGCGGCAGUACGUGGCGCACGCCGGCCGCAAGCUGCGCCUCAUCGUCGACCUCACCUCCGCCAACUGCAGCCACCAGGUGCAGCAAGAGUUAUCGACAAUGUUCGCUCGUCUGUGCCGCUUGGUGGAUGAGGCGACGACGGAGAUGGACACGGAGCUGACCGAAGUGAAGGAAGCGAUCAAAAUGCUGGAGGCGGCGUCCACCUCCGCGAAGAAGCUCAGGAACAAGGCAAACUACCUCAGCCACGAGUUGGAACUGUUCGAUGACGCCUUCCUCAAGCAUUAAGGUCAUUAUUGACACAGGUACCCGAAGGGCCGGUAGUCGCGGAACGCAUUUGAAACAAGAACACUGGUGCGGUGCAGCUGAUUAAAUAUUAAUGUUAUAGUUGUUAUGUUGUGCUGUCUCGAUAGUAGCGGUUUAAUGAUUUAAGAGAUCUUUGAGAUUAUAGUUAAUAAACCUUAUGUAUUCUGAAUAAAUGUUGUCUGAGAGCAAUAAAAAAUAUUUGGACACAAUCAUGGCCCAUAAAUAUUUGUUUACAUCAAUUUUGUAAAACCUAAAAGAAAUAUACUCUUUUAAAUAUGAAAUAAUGACGAAUUUUCAAGAUGAAAGUAAUAAAAUUUGCGAACUACAUGGAUCGCUCUUGUAAAUCUAUUAACUAUUGUACCUAGCUAUGAGCUCGUCUGGUAUUGACAAUAACAACUAUUUAGUAAAAUGUUUUUCGACCAAAGUUACUUAAUAAAUAUGUUGUUAAUACAGAGAUCCAUUUGUAUAUUUUAAAAAUAUUUUUAUAAGACUCAAAAUAUAUUUUGCUCUAUUCAAAUCUAAAUUUAUUUAGAAUACUUUUUUGAGGGUAUAAUAAAAGUUACCAUAUAAUAAAACGCUAUUGUCGGGAUGGUUGAGAAGUGAUGUGUGCAUGACCUAUUUAUUUACUGUUGAUUAUUGUUGUAACCAUUGUCGUAAGGUCAUAUGUCUCUAUAUAACACUGUAUUUUUAUUACCAACGCACAAAUAAUUCGUUCAUAAAAUAUUACAUAAAAAUGUGUACAUAACACACGUGAUCUAGAAAAGUUAUAUAUUAUGUGUAUUUAGUAACAAAUUAGUUUCAUCUAGCAGGAGUCUGCUGCAGACACCGACCUUUUUUUACUCGGCCUAAAGUCUAAUAAUAAUCAAAAAUAAUUACAAACACUUGAGUAAACAAAUUGUGAAGUAGUGAAAAUGUAAGGAAGUUCAAAAAAAAAAAAAAAAUCAAACGUAAUAGUUUAUAUAGGGACAGUAUGACCACGUUGUGUUAUUUUUGUUAGCCUGUUGUAAUGCCAAUGCUUGUUUUAUAAUCGGCCGCAAGCACCGAUGUGCAUGCAUCAUGACAAAAUAUAUGGGGUCCUCGGUUCACUGAGCUUCACUCAAAUUGCGCUCCUAUAUUCUAAACGAUUCGUUACAUUUGAAAUUGAACAUUUAUGAGCAGAACGAAUCGUUAUUAAAUAUCGAAAUUUGGUUUUAUAGUAUCGGUUAUUCGGACAAAACUAUAUUGAAAUAUGAAGUCGAUGGGUCUGUCCGUUUCUCAGCCCUCUAGAUGGUUGCAUUGACCUUGACAUUGUGACGGGAAGGUCGAACUUGUACAUUUACUCACGUAUAAUUGAAUAUAUUCGUGUAAAUUAGUUUUGUUGUUUGUUUUCCGUUUUUUUUUUUCGGCUUUAUCAUGUUUUAUUGCAAUAAAAUCACGCGCGGAGGCUGGUAGUUGGAGUGUGACCUCUUGUAGAACAAUUUUGAAUGAGUAUAAUGUUCUCUGUAGGAUUAUCGAUAUUGUCGAAUAAUAAAUUAAUUAAUUAAUAUCGAUAAUUAAGACUAUCGAUAAUAUAGUGUCAAAUCCGGCUGUCAAACUGUCCAAGAUCUUUUUUUAUAUAAGAAUGAGCCUGUAUUGAUUUUUUUUAGAAUAUAACAUUUUGGUGCUACGCGCUUAUUAAAAACUGUACUUUGAGAUAAAAUGUGCAGAAUAAGGCAAUCUUAGCUAAUUUGUUUUAGUAUGUUAUUCGAAUUUCAAUAAAAUAAGAACAUUUUGAAUUAAGACUUACAACAGAUAUAUGAAAAAUGUUACCACGAGAAAAAAAGUAAUGUAAUAAUAUUUUAUUGUCCUUUUAAAAGUUAAAUUUGCCUCUGACACAGUUUUAUUACACGAAAUAUAUAAGUAAAUAAAUAUUAAUAUGUAAACAAUUAGCAUAUUCAAAAGUUAUUGAGUAGAAUCGUUCCAUUGGACAAAACGAUAUGAACAUUAGGAAUAAUCAUUUGAGAAGUUUAGUUGAAUGCAUAUUUACUAUUUCAAUUUAGAAGCCCUUUGAACUUGAUGUAAAGUUUGUUAUAUAAUACGAGUUUUUAAUGGUGGAAUAUUUAUUGAAAUGUAAAUUGUUGAAAUGAAUGUAUAUACGACCUCCACGGUACCAAGUGCCGGAAUAUUGGCUGAUGUUAUAUAUGUAUUGUAUAUUUUAAUCUAAUUUUGUACAAAAUAUAUAUUAAUUACACAAUUAUGAACAUAUAAAAAUUAAAGUAAAUAUAUAAAUAAUAUUGUAGUACGAAAUAGAUUUUAUAAAUGCUUACCUUUGCAGAUUAUAGAUUUAUUGGUCAAUAUUUUAUUAUCAAUCAUAAGAUCUCACCCGAUAAAAAAAUUGCAUCUUAUUUGUUUGUGUCUUGUUUUAGAUGGAUCAACAGAUUUUAAAUUAUUCUCUUUCUUUGACAUAAAUUUGUAAUCUCACAAAACCAGCAUAUUUAGUAGAGUCAAUUUCAAAAUAACACAACAAAUUCAAUUACUCUGAUGUUGGCAAAUCCUAGAGGAAGCUAGAAUUUAAAAGAAGAAUAUGCAUCUUAAUAUUGUUCGACAGUCUAUAACAUGCUAGGGUUAUAAAAAUAUAUUUUUUUUUUAUUUACUAAACUUACCGUAAAGAAUUGUUUUUCACUAUAUAUUUUGUACAAAUUUUGCAUUAAAAUAGAUUUAUAACAGUAAUAUUUUCUUUGUAAUCAUGAUUUUGGUUACCAAGUAGUAAAUGUAUGAGGCCCAUCGCCGUGUUAUGAAUUUGACGAUUUGAGGCAGCAUAAAGGUUUAGAUAGAUUUUGUUGUCAAAUGUAAUUAGUCCCGCGUAAUUAGGUGAAUUUUCUAAUGUAAAUAAAUAAAUAAAGGAUUCCUUUAUAAA